GUUGGACGAAGCGGACCGUAUGAUCGACAUGGGCUUCGAGCCCGACAUACAGAAGAUCCUCGAGUAUAUGCCCGUCACUAACAUCAAGCCCGACACCGAUGAGGCCGAAGACGAACAGAAACUAAUGGCUAAUUAUAAGUCGAAACAUAAGUACAGACAGACUGUUAUGUUUACGGCAACAAUGCCUCCGGCGAUCGAAAGACUGGCGCGAACUUAUUUGCGACGCCCGGCAAACGUCUACAUCGGUUCAGCGGGCAAACCGACCGAACGAACGGAACAAACCGUUUAUAUCUGUUCGGAGAACGAGAAGCGCAAGAAACUGAUGACCAUUUUGGAGGCCGGAGUCGAACCGCCGGUUAUUAUAUUCGUGAACCAGAAGAAAGGCGCCGACGUUUUGGCCAAAAGUCUGGACAAAUUGGGUUUCUCUUCCUGUACUCUUCACGGAGGCAAAGGUCAGGAGCAGAGAGAGUACGCUUUGGCCAGUCUUAAGACCGGAGCCAAAGACAUUCUGGUGGCCACUGAUGUCGCCGGUCGUGGUAUUGACAUCAAGAAUGUCUCACUUGUUAUCAAUUACGAUAUGGCGAAGUCUAUUGAAGAUUAUACGCAUAGAAUCGGUCGGACGGGUAGAGCGGGAAAGACAGGUCAAGCCAUCUCUUUCCUCACUAAAGAUGAUUCGCAUCUAUUCUACGAUUUGAAGGCACUGUUGAUGUCAUCGCCGGUCUCCACGUGUCCGCCAGAGUUGGCCAAUCAUCCCGAGUCUCAACACAAACCCGGAACUGUUGUGCAGAAGAAACGCAAAGACGAAACUAUAUUU